UUAAAAAUAUUAAUAGCAAAUGUAAAAUGUACACUAGAAAAUACCAUAAAAUAUAAAAACCUUUCAUUAGCCUUAGAAUCCAAGCAAUACUGGCAACCAAUUUUGGUUGAUGACUUCUGCCUUUCAAUGUCACAAGCUGGAUUCAUAUUCAAAGUUGGAGUCUAUACUUAUCAUCAUGGUAACGUCUGCAAUACAACACAUGUUUGGCGAAUAGAUGAAGAAGCAUCAGAGGAAGAGAUUGUUGAUCAGCAUUAUAAAAUUCGAACAGAUUUAAAAAAAUAUUUACCCACCUAUCAUAUACGUC